GUCACUUCUCGUGGUCCAUUUCUGGGCACCAUGGGCUCCACAGUGUGUACAGAUGAACGAUGUCAUGACUGAGUUAGCUAAAGAACACCCUCAUGUUUCAUUUGUGAAGCUGGAAGCCGAAGCUGUUCCUGAAGUAUCUGAAAAAUAUGAAAUUAGUUCUGUCCCCACCUUCCUGUUCUUCAAGAAUUCUCAGAAAGUCGACCGGUUAGAUGGUGCACAUGCCCCAGAGUUGACCAAAAAAGUCCAGCGACACGUGUCUAGCGGAUCCUUUCCUCCUAGUACUCAUGAGCAUCUUAAAGAAGAUCUCAAUCUUCGCCUGAAAAAGUUGACUCAUGCUGCCCCCUGCAUGCUGUUCAUGAAGGGAACACCUCAAGAACCACGCUGUGGUUUCAGCAAGCAGAUGGUGGAAAUCCUUCACAAACACAAUAUCCAGUUCAGCAGUUUUGAUAUCUUCUCAGACGAGGAAGUUCGACAGGGGCUCAAAACAUACUCUAAUUGGCCCACCUAUCCUCAGCUCUAUGUUUCUGGAGAGCUCAUAGGAGGACUUGACAUAAUUAAGGAACUGGAAGCAUCAGAAGAGCUAGAUACAAUUUGUCCCAAAGCUCCCAAGUUAGAGGAGAGGCUCAAAGUGCUGACCAAUAAAGCUUCUGUGAUGCUCUUUAUGAAAGGAAACAAACAGGAAGCAAAAUGUGGAUUCAGCAAACAAAUUCUGGAAAUACUGAAUAGUACUGGGGUUGAAUAUGAAACUUUCGAUAUACUGGAGGAUGAAGAAGUGCGGCAGGGAUUAAAAACAUUCUCAAACUGGCCAACCUACCCUCAGCUGUAUGUGAGAGGGGAGCUUGUUGGAGGAUUGGAUAUUGUUAAGGAACUGAAAGACAGUGGUGAAUUAUUGCCUAUAUUGAAAGGAGAAAAUUAGUAAAUGUUAAGCAUGGUGUUCACGGAUUGCAAGAAGUAUUUAAUUACAGUGGAACAGCUUGAUGAUUUGUCCUGAGAAGUGGACUAGGAGUAGAAGUGCGUCUCACCCAGCUAUGCUCUGUGUGUUUCACAAAGUCGUACUGAAGAAACAUGUUACAUUUUCCAUGAAACAUAGAAGGCAAUAAACAGAUUCAGCUAAAAAUGA